AUGUCUUCUUUUAAAGAGUUAGAAUUUCUGUAUAAAAAAUUUAUAAGCUCACUCAACAAAAGUAUUUUAGAAGAUAAAAAAGAAAUACAUAACAUUAUAUCUAGUAUGGAAGAUAAAUGUAUAGAAAUAAUGAAAGAAUUUAAAUAA